GGAAAUGGUAAGUAUGGUGGUGUGUUGAUGGCUGCAACAGGGUUAGAUGGUCAAAAUGGAUUAGUUUGGAGUUUUCAAAUCUGAGACAAUUGAGAAUUGGAUGAUAUUUCUCACUGACUUGAAGCCAUUACUCGAAGGCCAUCCAAUGCCAUUGACAUUCAUUUCAGAUAGGAAGAAAGGGCUACUUGAAGUUGUUCCUGCUGUGUUCCCAAAAGCACAUGUUAGAUAUUGUUGGAGGCACUUGUAUAGCAAUUUCAAGAAGCACUUCAAGGGACAAAAGUUGUAUAACUCACUGUGGAAUGCAGCCAAAUGCUACAAGAAGAAACAUUUCUACAAACACAUGGAAGAUAUAAGGAAAGAAAAUCUUGCAGCUGCCAAGUACCUUGAAGAUGUUGGUAUUGAGUCAUGGUCUAGGGCCUUUUUUGAUGACACCAGUAAAUGUGAACACCUAAUUAACAAUUUUAGCGAGUCAUUUAAUUUCAUGCUAAAAAAUAUUAGGGACAAACCCAUCUGUAGAGUAAUAAUUCUUUAUAAUCAGUUGGUUAGGAGUUUGUUUUACAAAAGGAAAAAGGAGAGUGCAAAAUGGAAUCCUAAAGAAUUGGUUCCAACUGGAAUGAAACUGAUCGGGAAGAUGUUGAAGUUGGUUGGUGAAUUUCAAGUUGACCCUUGUGUUUUUGGGAAACUGUAUGAGGUUACAAAUGUAGGAAGCAAGGCAGUUUUUAUUGUUAACUUGGAUGAAAAGAAAUGUACUUGUCUACAGUGGCAACUCAGAGGAUUUGUUUGCCAACAUGCUGUUUGUUGUUUGAAGCCAUUUAGACCUGAUUGGACAAAGUACUGCUCUCACUAUUAUACAGUUGCUACAUACAGAGUUAUAUAUGCACCAACUGUGUUUCCAUUUCCUGAUAAAGAAGAUUGGCCUGAGUUGGAAGAAGAUGAAAAGAUUGAUUUGGAACCUUCACUCAAGACAAGGAAAACAGGAAGGCCAAGAUCUAAAAGGAGAAGAGCAUGGGAUGAGCCUAAAGCACAGAAAAAGACAUAUUCAUGUAGAAUAUGCGGUUCAACUAUAACAAAGCUACAUGUGCAGGUGGUGAUGUUGGUUAGAAUCCUAAAGCAAAGAGGCAAGGAACUCAAGUAGAUGGUUCUACCUUCACCAAAUUUGAAAGACCUGUUGCAUCUACUUCUAAGGCUAAACAAGCAUCUCAACCAUCCAAUAUUUCAAAAGCUGCAGCUCUAUCUAGUACUAAAGCAGGUAGAACUUCAAAGAAGUAGAAAAUGACUCGAGCAAAGAAGUGAAUGGUUGCAGUUUAGUCCUGUAAUUUGCAAUAGUAUUUAUGUCUUAUUUUGAUGAGAUGAUCUGUUUUUUGGUUGAUGAAAACUCUUCGUAUGGAAGUUUCUUUAAUCCCCUUGAAACUUUAUGUUAUUUUGGAACAUACUUAUUUAUGAAAUGAAGUUUGUUUA